AUGCUUUUGGUUUCUGCGAAUAGCAUGGCCGCGAUUGGUGUAGAAUUGUCAUUUGGAGUUAGAAAUGUCCGCUUUUACAACGGCUUUGACGGUGUUAGAGCUCGGAUACACAGUCUAGAUGCAAAUGACGGGGAUAUUAUUGAACAGAUUGGCCAGACAGAAGUUAUCUAUAAUAACCAAAAUGUUCAAUUUUCCGAAAAAUGUUCAAUUAAUUUCCGAUUCGAGAAAAUUCAGCGACUUAAAGUAACAAUAAAUUCAAUGAAUUCAUCAACAAAUUCUGCUAUGGGAGUUUACGGCGACGUUCAGUUCGACUUGGCUAUUCUAAUGAGCAACGGAGGUUCAAUCGCUCUUCCAAUUCCAAAUACUCGAUCAAUGUUGGAUAUUUUUGCAAAUGUUUCUGAGUAUUAUUCACAACAUUUGGAACUCAAGUUUUCUGGAUCUUAUCUUCAUUCUCCCAACAAUCUUCCGUUGGCUUUUUAUUAUAUUUUGAGUCUUCCUGCAGGAAAUCGCAAUAUUAUGCUUCACAAAAGUGAAAUAAUUAAGGAUGAAAAGUAUCCGAUCUGGAGUUCAUUCCGAAUUCCACUAUUUAUUUUGAACUUUUACAAUGAAUCUCCUAUUCAAAUUCAUGUAUAUAACAUUGUGGGCAAUCAUCCAGACGAGCUUGUUGGUCAUUGCGCUACUACACUAACACAAUUACAACGGGGAGUUGGAGCGUUCAACUCUUAUAUGCUGAAACAUUCUUCUGGAGCACGGGUUCAUGAGAAGACAUAUGUAGAAUUGAAAGAAAUUCAAUUGGUUCCAGGCCCGUCAUUUUUUGAAAUGCUCAAAAAUAAGACUAAUCUCCACGUUACGGAAGCCAUCGAUUUGACAGCUUCAAAUGGCAAUCCUGUUCAAGAGAAUUCACUUCACUACAUCCAUCCGCACCGUCCAUCUCCAUACCUCAAAGCAAUACUUCAAGUAACUCCCCCACUUUUAGCUUAUAUGCCAAAUCCUUCGAAUCCAGAAAUUGGUGCUCUUGGAUUUGGAGCAAAUGUGAGCACAGGAACGUCUCUACAAUUAUCACAUUGUUUUUUCCUGAAUGGAUCACACACUGACCACAGAGUUUCUGGAUUGGUUGGAUUGAUUGACGCAUACAGGAAUUCGAGUAUGUCUGUGCAACCUUUUGCUCCAACUGAUUUCUCAGAAGUCAUUUAUUUCGUUUCAAAAUUUGCAAAAGCCGAAACUAUUAGAAAAGUGGGACUUUAUUUUGUGCUUGUCAUUUUCUCUGAUGGUGGUCCGGCAGUGAAAUUGGCAAUGAGACGGACCAUCGAUGCCGUUGUAGAUGCCUCGUUUCAUCCAAUGAGCAUUAUUGCAAUUGGCGUGGGAAAUGAUCGCGAUUUCACUCCAAUGAGAAAUUUGGAAAAUAUGGCGAUGAAACAUUCUGAUGGCCGACCUCUAGCUAGACAGAAUUACACAUUUGUUGAAGCUACUGACUUAGAGGAAAGCGACGUAUUAUCAAUGAUUCCAUUACAAAUGAUCCAAUGGAAGCAAAAAUUCGCCUCAUAA